CUACUCAUGACUUUCAAAGUAAACGAGUCACCUGUUAUAAAAGACAAAGUCUCAAGAACUAAUGAAUUAAAUAGCGUCAUCAUACCAAAUGAAACGAAUGAAAAAGUGCCUGUCGAAGGAAAUUGCGUCAAGUCACUUUUAGACACGCAAGACUCAUUUGACAUGAUGGUAGGAGAUAUGCGACGUAUCUUUUUUGACUGGUUAAAAACUACGGAAAGUGAACUAAAUCAUCAACGAUUUCUCUUGUUGGAAGAGAAAAAAGAGUAUCAAGAAGAAAGAAAAAGACUUUACGAGUCUUUUUUAUCUGAAAAACGCUUAGAAAUCAUGCGUAUUCAUGAAGAGAGACGGCGCGUUGAAAAUGAUUUAUCGUUAUCUAUUAAACAAAUGGCACUGGAAAGACAAGAAGCACGGAAACGUUUAGCUGAAGACAAACAAGCAAUUGCUCAAGAAAAAGAAAUUGCUCAAAGAAAUAUUUCAAUGGAAAAACAAAAAUUGAUAAAUGAACGUGCGCUUUUCGAGGAAGAAAAAAAAAAAAUUUCGGAUCAAGUUUUAGCGGCUGAAAACACAAUUCAAAUUAACGUUGGAGGCACAGUCUUUGAAACAUCCAAACAUACAUUGACUCAACAACCACAAUCUCUUUUUCAAACAUUACUCAGUGAUACUAAUCCCGUACCUCGCGACCGUCAUGGCAAUAUUUUUUUAGAUCGUGACAGUGAUCUCUUUAAAUGUAUUUUACAAUUUCUACGUUAUCCACAAUGUCGUCCAGCUGUUAGAGAUGCCGUCGAAAGUCAUUCUUUAUGUCAGGAAACUGCUUAUUAUGGAAUCAAACUGUUUAGUCAUCCUCUAGUUUUCGCUUUGGGAGGGUGCGAUCAUCAUGGACCUGUGUCAUCUAUGGAGAUUUUAGACAAGACUCAGGAUGCAUGGAGACCAUGCCAUUCUCUAAUAACACGUCAGAAAUUUUUUCGCUACUGUAUUUUUUUUAUUUUUCAUACUCCAGCUCGACGUUAUUUCGCUUCUGCAAUCCAACUAGGAAGCAUAUACGCUUUUGGAGGGCAAAACUCAGAGUAUAAAGCUUUAUGUGAUGUUGAAGUGUAUGAUAUUCUACGCGACACGUGGUUUUCGGGUAACUCAUUGUUAUGUUUUGAAAGAGAGAGUAUAGUGAUUAACGUAGGGCCAAGCCUCAUCACUCCAAGACGUAAUACUACUAGUGCCUCUUUAGGAAAUAGAUUUUUCACAAUUGGAGGGUUUGAUGGUGCCAACAGAAUAUCUACAGUUGAAGCCUAUGAUCCUCGUAUGAAAAAUUGGUGCCAAGUCGCUUCCCUAAAUACUCCACGUUCUUCUUCUUGUUCAGCCGUUGUUGAUGAUUCUAUUUUCGCUAUUGGAGGAACAUCAGGAGAACGUCUUCGAUCUAUUGAAAAGUAUGAAUCACGAGCAGACCGGUGGGUUACUCUUUCGGGAGGCCUUAGUGAGAUUCGUUCCGCUGCAACAAGUUCAACCUUUCUCGGUGCUAUAUACGUUUUCGGAGGCAUUAAUCAACUCAACAAAAUUUUGUCAUCCGUUGAAUCCUUUGACGUAAUUCAACAGGAAUGGUUAUAUCGGCAUAAUCUCAAUAUUCCUUUGAUGGAAUCUGCGUGCGCUUCCACUCCUGAUUCUAUCAUAUUAACUGGAGGUCAUAAUGAAACUAUUUUAAACAACUCUUUUUUUUAUCAACCCGAGCUUGAUGAAUGGCGUGAAGGUAAAAUUUUUGACAUUGGGCUGUAUAUGAACCAAGCACCUUCCUAUGCAGGUCCUUCGAUGUUAUCUCCUCGUUACGGUCACCAAGUACUUGUAGCACAAAUUUAGUUUUUUUCAGUAUUAUAAAAUGCUUUAAAAAAAGAAUUAUUCAAGUAUUAUAGAAUGCUUUUAAAAAAAAAAUUAUUUAACUAUUAUUUCAACUUGCUUCCGAAGACAAGUUUCAAGCUAUAAAUUCUUAAAAAUUUUUGGCAUUUUAGAUUGUUGGAAAAUUAAACUGUCUAUUAAAUACGUUUUGUAUAGCAAACUUAAUGAAAAAAAAGUUUUCUAU